UGCUCGAUAAUUGUGCAGUAAUACAUUAGAAUGUCACAUCUGGUUCGACUUUAGCGAGGAUGAUUACUGAUAAUAUCUGUCAAUAUGAGCUCUGGUCAAUGGUCCAGGUGAUUAAAGACUGAGGUGGGAUUCAGAGUGCAGAAGAUUCGAGGAAGAGAGGAGCUGGACCUCUGAAUUGGUGAUGGUGGAAGUAUGGUGGUCCCUAUUGGGGGCUGCUAUCCCAGCAGUUAUUGCAGGGCAAGCUUUUAGAAUGAAGAAAAAGCGUACUGAAGAGCAGAGGUUAAAGACUGCCAGGGGUAGGGAGAAGAGCUCUGAUGACAUAUUUGUCUGUGAAAGGGUAUGUACAUCAAAGAGAAUGUUGAAAAAGGUUGGUUCCUUCUCAAAGGACCCUAUUCCUGAUACUUGUGUUACUGUCUGUGGUGUGUCUGAGCUCGACGCUUGUGCUGAUGCGUGUGCUCGCACUGUUUGUGUAAAUCAACAUCAAGUGCCUAAUUGGAAUGACGUCUGCUUAAGGAGAUGCCAAAGUGAAUGUCUCAAACUCUCUGAUUCUCGUUCUUCUUAGUCAUUUCCCCCUUCAAGUUUGUAUACCAAGUGAUGGUAUUAUAGGGAUGGUUGAUCCCACCUUCUGAAAUGUGUUGUUUUCUGACUCUGAAUGUGAUUCACUUCAUGACCAA